AUGGCUGCAAUAAAGAAAUUCUUUGAGAAGAGAAAAUUAAAUGUUAAAUUCAAGAAAGCAGGAGAGGGUCACAAACUAAGUGAAUCACCAUCAUCAAGUUCCACGCAGCCAUCCACACAAGUCCAGAAACCGGCUGCAGUUCAGACCAAGGAUCCUCAAACUGAGGCUGCUAGACGGGCGGCUGCUGAAGCAGCUCAGGCUAGAAUGGAGGCCAAACAACAUGCUAAACAAGCUGAUUCAAUGGUUGUCCAAAGAGCUAGAAUGAAGAGAGAGAUGGAAUUAGAGAAGAAAAGACUAUUGGAAGCUGAGGCUCAAGGUGCGGCCGCCAGAGCUGGAUCAGUGGGUGUCAUCUUAGACAGCGCCCCAGUACUGGAGUCUGUGCGCUUCCGGUGUCCUGAUAUUGGCCCACAGGUGCUGUCAAAAUCAGAAAUGGAAAAUGCCAUUCACAGAUUCCUGUUGGAUAGUUACGAGGAUGAACCCGAGAUGACAGCGGCGAUAAUGAUACAUACACUGAACAAGAACAAAGAGAAGGUGAAAGUUUGCAUAGAGACACUUGUGAAGUACUUAGAUAACAUUAUUAACAACCCAACUGAGGAGAAGUUUUGGAAGAUUCGGCAGACUAAUAAAGUCUUUCAGGAAAAGGUUGCAGGAAUGAAAGGAACUGAGGAGUUUUUGCUAGCGGCCGGCUUCUCUUUGAAGACCCUUCCAUUUGAGGAUGGGGAAGCCAACUUUUAUGUUUUUGAUUCAGAGCUCGCCAAAGACGUGGAGCGCCUGUUGAACAUGAAAGAAAUUUUAUUACACGCAGAGCCACUUCGGCCUGAGUUAGACAGAGAUGUUCAAGUGUUUUAUCCUUCAAAUUCCGCCACAAAAUUUGAAAUACCUGAUGAUUUUUACAACGUUACCCCAGCGGAAGUGAAAAAAGAGCAGCAGCGACGAGAAGAAGCUGCUGAGAAACUGGGGAUGCUACGCACCAAAGCCAUGAGGGAAAAAGAUGAACAAAGAGAAUUGAGACGUUACCGUUACACACUCCUGCGAAUCAGGUUCCCCGAUGGUGUCUUGCUUCAGGGAGUCUUCAAAUGUUCAGAAACAAUGAGCAGUGUCUAUCAGUUUGUCAGAGAAAAUCUUGUCAAUGAUUUUAUUCCUUUUUACCUGACCACGGGAACUGGCCAGAAGCUACAGGAGGAAGAUGGUACUUUAGCUGAGCUUCUCCUUGCUCCAGCGGCUGUUCUCAAUUUUGCUUGGGAUCCAGAAAUUCUGAAAGAAGCAGCUGCACAGCAAGGUCAGGCAAUAACUAAAGUGCAUUUGAAACCUGAACUCAUGGAGAAAAUAAAGAAGUUGUGA